AUGGAUAUGAGGCCUCCACCGCCUCCACCCUUGAGUUUGGCGCAGCAAGCGCAACAGCUGCAAAGUGCCAAGUUCGGUGGAUUUCCAGCACCGAAGUUGCCAAUCAACAUGGGUUCAGGCGCUGGUGGCAACUGGCAAGCUUCCAUGCCAGGCGGCAUGACGCCGGGCAUGUCCAACGGCAUGAAUCCCGGGGCCAUGAAAGGUGGAGCCCUGCGGCCGAACUGGGGCGCCAUGCCAGGGCAGUUUGGCGGCGGGCCUGUCCCUGGAAGUUAUACACCGCACUUCGGCAACUCCCCUGGGCUCCAGAGAUCGAACAGCUAUGGCAAUGGGAGCGGUGCCUACAAACCAGGCGGCCCUUUUGGGACGAUGAAAGGCAUGUGGCUUCAUUGGUCACUUGCACUUCUGCAUGCGCAUGCCUUUGACAUGUCAAUGUGUUGGCCAAAGAACUUAGAAGAUUACUUCAGAAAGACCUGCUGUGACAAUGUGAACAUGCAGUGCUUCAACGGGAUCUACACCUACGAGAGUUGCUGUUUGGGUGCUCCUACUGCGUUUGCCUCAUGGCCCCUUCGCGCGGUGAUGCUGGGCUACCCGGGCUGCGGAACCACGUCCAUCUCGGCCCUGCUGUCUGGUCAUCCAAACAUCUCCCUGGUGGGGAGGGAUCCGCAGGGAAGACCCUGGAACAAGUACGAGAUGCAAGCCGUGAACCAGUUGGUGAAGGCCAACUCCCACACCUUGAUCCGACGCUUCGGGCGUUCGCUGGCGCGACACCUGAGAUUUGCACGGAAUCUCUAUAUGUCAGAUCCAACUUUGAUCCUGACUCCAGAAAGAGCCUGGGCCAUGUCACAGAUUCCAAGAGCCAAGUUCUUGGUGAUGCUACGAGACCCGGUGAAGUGGCUGGCAUCAAGGCUUUGUCGCGCGCCUUGCUCACCUGAAUGGAUGCAGCUGGGGUUGUGCGAUGCGGCCGGCCGACGUGCUCCCAUGCAGAAGUGGCUGCAACAUUGUGAGUUUGAGCAGAACUGGGAACCUUGUACCAGGUUUCCUCUGAUGUCGCCAUAUAUCUCCCUACACUUGCGAUUCUUCUGGGACAUGAUCUUGAAAAAAUCGCCAGGUCGAUUAGCUGCCUUCAGUCUGGAAGCUGUUGGAGAAGACCCAAAAGGGGCGAUGGAUGCCUUGGAGCAGUUCUUGAGAUUACCCAAAAACCGCUGGCAGGGCACAUUGCCGAAGAGAAACGUGCACGGUUCCUUCCAGUGCCAAGACGAGAUGGUGAAAUACGGAGGUCUUCAAGUUGACACCUUCUUCUAUCCCGAGCGUCGGCGUUUGGCUGGGCUCCUGAUGGAGUUGUGUCCCAGUCGACUUCGCAUCCCCCGUAGCUGGCGUCGCAAGUUGCGACCCGCCAACCUGACCUGGGGGAAUGUGGUGCCACCUCCCAGCGGCGGUCCACCGAGUCCCGUGACCGGCGUCACCGUGCCGGUGCCGCAAGUGCCCACCGUGCCGGUCGCCGUGCCGCUGCAGUAUGGCCAGUUCGGGCUGCCGGGCGGUCGCGGCAACCAGCGUGGUGCCCCACCCCCUCCACCACCGCAUCCGAAUUGGAAGCCUGGACAGCCGCCACCACCUCCAGGUCCAGGCCCUCCGCAAAAGCCCGGAGGAACUCUGGAGGCUGCCAUGCAGGCUGCUGCCAUGCUUGGAGCGGCUGGAGCGCCUGGAAUGAUGGAGGCGACCUCUGCCAUUGACUUUUCCAGCAAGCUCGAGGACCUGCGCCGGAAGCACCCCCAGGUGAAGGUGCCAUCUGAUGCCUGGACCUGGAAGCCCGAAGAGCUUGAUGCCUGGUUCGCCAGUGGUGGUGGUGAAUUCGGGCGCCACCAGUUCACGAAAGGCUCAUCCAUGCUCAUCCUCAUUGCCAGCCAUUGGCGCCCUUUUCGGAUCAAAAGAGCUGCUGUCUCUCAGCUUCGCCGCAAGACUGAGUUUGAUGGUAAGCGGAGCCGGUUGGUAACCGGUGUCUGCUUCCGUGCUGCGCCCUGUGGCGUGCACGGGCUCGCCGCGCCUCGACGCGUUGCGUCUCAGCUGGCAGGCAACGACCGCUACGGCGUUCCCCAAUAUGCCGGAGCCUCUGACCAGUUCGAAGAGUACAAGGAGAGAGCAUGGGAUCUUUGGUAUGGCAGAGCUGGCCAAGAUGCUUUGCAAAGUGCCACACCUGUUCACCUCCGAGCAGGACUGUCUAGUUCAGCUUGGGAAGCCGUUAGAAAGCUAGAACACACGAAGCUGAUAACCAAAGAUGCAGAAGGAAAACCAACCACUGAAGGCAUGGACUUGCUUUUAGAAACGUUGAAAUCAGCCAUAGCUGAUGAAGUGCCAGUGAAAAUCAACGAGUUGUUUUUGCAAGCCUUUUACAGCCCCAGUGUUUGGAGGCGACCUUCCGAAAACAUGCAAGCCUAUAUUGUUAGGCGUGAGCAGGACUUCCGCAAACUUGAGGAGUCAAGCCCUGGAACUAAGGUAUCAGAAAAUCUCCGAGCGAUGAUGCUGCUGAUUUUUGGUGGACUUGACCCGAAAGAGCAAGUUUCUGUCCUGAGCUCCGUCAACAAUGAGUAUGACUUCGGCAAGAUCAGCCAUGCGAUGCGGAUUCAGUUUCCGAAUGCAGCUGGUAAGGCAGUUCAGAGAAAGGACUACCUUGGUGCUUCAGCUCGAGGCCAUGCUCCAUCUUCCUCGAGUUCCUUGCUGUUCAGAAAGCCGAGAUGGAAAUCUGGUGGCAAGCAACACGCCUUUGCAGCUGAAGACUAUGAGAUGGAAGAUGAAGAGACCGCUGAAGACACCUACUACCAGAAUGAUGAUGAUGAGCAGCCGGGCGAUGACGCUGAUGAAGCCUGGGCUGCAGCCUCUGACGAUGAGCUGGUUGAUGCCUUCAUAGCCGAGUACCCUGAUGACCCUGAAGGUGAUCAGUCGCUUGCUGAGGCCUAUGCGACUGUCCUCCAACACAAGCAGUUCAAGAAGAAGAUGGGUGGAGGAAAAGGGAAAGGCGGUGGAGGUGGAAGAUUCAACUUCAAGGGCUCUGGCGAGGUGACCUUCGACGCCAAGGCCAAGGAGAACAGGCGACAAGCCGUGCAGUUUCUCAAGUCAGUGACGCCUUGCACUUCCUGUGGACAACGUGGACAUUGGAAUGGAGAUGACAUCUGCCCCAAUGCCAAGAAGUCGUCCAAGGGUAAAUCCAAGAAGAAGCCUUCGACGCCGAGCUCACCGAAGAAGAAGCCUGCGACCAACCUUUUCGUUUUGCAUGAUUCUUUGGAGUCUGCGGAUGAGAAGACCCAGUUCAUGUGCCUUCCCAACAAGCUGCCCAACAACGACGUUGCAAAGAAUGUCAAGAUCUCCGAGUUUGACCUUGCUCUCAAGAAUGACCUGUGCCUUGGGAAUGACAUGCCUCCCAAGUAUGACCAGGUGCCUGCGAAUGACAUCGCUCCUGUGAAUGACAUGGCCCAUGAGUAUGACUUGGUCCCAAAGACCAUUGCCGCCCAUGUCACCAACGAGCCCAAUGCGUAUGCGGACGAAGCGUCCAAAGCCUCUGAUGCCACUUUUGUCAAUGACCGCACAGUCCUCUUUGAGUCAGAGGGUGGCAACAAUUCAGAUGGCAGUUUCACUACUCCCUUUUCGUUUUCAUCAGUGCAUGAGGUGCUGAUGGUGCUGAAAGAUACAACCCUGUGCGAGCAUAGUAGUUUUCAUGGUGGAGAUGAGCGCCAAUUCCACCGUGGCGCAAAUGGAUACUCACGCUUUGUGACGUGCAAGGAAGACUCUUGCGACAAGACCGUCAUCAAGGCCAAGCGCAAAACACCUCACGAGCUCUGGAGCUACUUGGUCCAGAUCGCCUUGUGCACCAAGUGGGGACAAGCUGCCAGGUCCCGAGCUUUGUUCAACACCGUCUGCAAAGUUCGAGGUGAAGCUGAUGAAGAACGACGUGGUCUUCGCCGUCCUCUUUCAGAUGAUGGCCGAUCAGUUUCUUUGCCUGGUAUGCCAAGGUCUUCGGCCGCAAUGACUUCAAGAAAGACGCCUUCUGAAGCUCAAGUACCUGGAUGGGAUGUCGUCAGUGAAGCUCCCUCGAGCGCUUCUGGCUAUGGUGCUCCACGGGUGGCCAAGAUUGUCCGUGAGCAAGAACCAGUUUGCUGGAUCUACGGCAUCAAGCUCUCCAUGAACCAGGACUUGCCUGCGUUUCCAACGCUGGAUGACUCAGACCUUGAUGUGCUGCAGCCUCUGCCUUCAGAUGCCUCCUUGCUUGGCUCUGGAACACCCUAUGAAGGACUGCAGUAUGACCAAGUUGCGUCCUCAGCAGAGUCUGCAUGGUACUGUGCCCAAGUGUUGGACUAUGUUUUGGAUGGCCGAAAUGCUCUCCAUCCAGAAAUCUACCGUUUUGCCUUUUACCUGUUUGGCCGGGUGAAGUUGGUCCACAGCGCUGGCAUGAGAUGUAUCAAGUCAGGUGCUGCACGUCCUGACAAGCGACCUGCAAACCCUGAUGACAUGGUGGCAAACCGCCACAUCCGAGUUCCACUUCAGCAUGAUCCCAACCACCCUGAGAUCAUGCAACUUCAUGACUGUGAAGUGAUGAUGGUUGAAAUGCCCGAUGACAAUGAUGCAAUUGCCCAAGCCUAUGUGGCUUCCGAUGCUGAUUCUCCUGGACUUGCAAUCCUCGACAGUGGGUGCACUCGCACCAUGCACGGCAAGCAAUGGGCCGAGAACUUUGAAGCUGCACUUGCCUCCUUUGGACUUUCGCCCAAAAGCAGAGUCAAGAACCAACUCUUUGCUGGGGUUGGAGGUCAAGUUGCCAGCACCACUGUCAAGGUCUUUCCCAUCGGCAUCCAAGGAACCCAUGGCGAGAUCCACUCAGCCGAAACACCUGGAGCAACACCACUCCUUCUCUCACGCCCUUUCAUGGAAGAAUUGGGUACGGUUUUGGAUUUGGGCAAGGGCACGGUUUCCUUCACCAAGAUCGGCGUUUUGGACUUGCCGCUGAUCAAAACCUCACGUGGACAUCUAGCAAUCAGUUUUCUGGACUUCAAUUUGGAGAAGUUAGAUGAUUUCACCACUGAGGAUGCUCAUGAAGGAUACCUCCAAGAUGAAGUUCCCGAAGAUUACGUUCAUGAUCCCAUGUUGGAUCGACCUCCUGAUGUCAAUCCUGACGAUUGGCUUGACCAGCAGUAUGAACUGGAGUUCUUGCGUGCCGAGGCAGCCAACUGUGAUCAAGUUUUAACUGAGAUCGCUGCCGACCGAGAAGCACGUGCUGCUGCUCAAGGGCUUCAUGCUGCCCAAGAUGAUGGCCCAACUUGCGAGGAUGCGUUGCUGUUUGAGUCCCUCAUGCAAGAGCAGCCCAACACCAUCCGGAAGGCCACUCACAAGAAGGCCAAGAAACUCCAUGCAAUGUCCAAUGCCGUUGACGGCGAUGAUUGGCGUUUCUUCCGGGUGUUGGCCGGCAAGACUCCAGCUCCGAAGUCACCUCCCUAUGGAAAGUGCUGGAUGAAACAGCUCUUUGCAGGACAAAUGGGUUUGACUCUCCUGCUUGUGGCAUAUGGACUUUCGGUUGGAGUGCCUUUGGACUUUAGCACUUCCAGCUGGGAUGCCACUACCAAGGAUGGACUUCGGCGCCUCAACCAUGACUUCCAAGUUGAGGAUCCCUACUGCACUGUCCUGACACAACCUUGUGGUCCUUGGGGCAAUUGGGCACGAUUCAACGUAGCCCGCGGUGGUCCUGCCGCAUUGACAGUUCUUCAACUGCAAGAACGUGGCCGACCAAUUCUGAAGUUGGUGAACGACACGAUUUGCAAGCGUGUCAAGGCCAAACGACAUGUCUUUGUCGAACAGCCCUCUGGAUCCUCAUGGCUUGAUGAGCCUGAACUUGAAGGUGUCAGAGCGUUGAUUCAGUCCGGUGACUUGAUCGUCAUCAAGGCUCAUGGAUGUCAACUUGGCUAUGAAGAUGCUGAUUCUGGACUUCCUCACUUCAAGCCUUCCACUUACGUGACAUCCAUGAUAGCAGCAGAAAGCCUUUUCCAAGAUUCCUCUUGCGAUGGUUCUCAUCAACACCAACACCUUGAAGGAGCCAACUCUCAAGGUCAACGCACUGCCCAAGCCUCAGUUUGGCCUGACAAGCUCAACAAGCGUGUGUUGGAAACCAUCGUGCAACAAGCUGCGAUUGAGCAAGCAGCCCAUGAACAAGCUCAAGAUGCUUUUCCUGCAGAAGUUCGCCGACUUCCUCAAGUUGGAAAGAGUCCCAAAAGAAGGAGGAAAGGACGGGUCACCACUUUGACCAGCCAAUAUGGUGGAGCCCCUCCGGUCUACUUGAGACCAUCUGAACCACUUCAGCCCGCGAUCCAAGAUGGCGAUCCCUUUGCUGAAGUUCCUCCUGACGAAGACGAUGCUGAUGUGAGGGCACGACAAGCCUCUCAACUUGAGCCUUUGCUCCAUCGAGCUGAAACCCAACGACGUGAAGAAUGGCUCAAGAUUGACCCUGACAUCCGCAAGAUUCUCAGAACUUUGCAUGUCAACUUCGGCCACCCCACCAACAUCACCUUGCAGAGGAUUCUCCGCCGACAAGGUGCAAAACCAGAAGCAGUUGCUGGUGCCGAGCUGUUGUCAUGCGAUGCUUGCGGUGAAAGUAUCAGAAGGCGACGUCCCAAACCAGUUCGUCUUCCCAACAAGUAUGUCUUCAACAACCACUUGCUUGUAGAUGUUUUCUAUGGAAAGGACAUUGAGAACGAGUCUUUUUGCUUUCUCAAUGUGAUUGAUGAUGCGACUGGAUUCCAAGUUGUCAGCUGUCUUGGAACUGUUCGUGGCCCACCUGCGUCCAAAGCUGUUCUCAGGCAUUUUCUGACGUCAUGGACUUCAUGGGCAGGCCUCCCUCAGUCGAUCCAAGCUGACUUGGGGAAAGAAUUCAUGGCUGAUUUCACUGCCUACAUGAAACAGUUUGGCGUUGAAACAGAGAACAUGCCGCUCGAAGCCCCAUGGAAGAGCGGAAAAGUUGAACGAGCCGGUGGCCUAUGGAAGGACAUCCUCCUGCGGACUGUCCAUGAGAUGCAGCUGCGUGGUCUGGACGACAUGAUCCUCGCCACGUCCAUCAUCACUCAAUGCCGCAACUCCUUUCCCAGAAGCAACGGCUACUCGCCGAACCAAUGGGUUUUAGGCCAACCAGAAAUCAGACUGCCUGGCUCACUUUUGAGCGACGAAGAAUCCCAGCGUUUGGAGAUUCUUGAGGCCGCUGAAGACCCAAAGUCAGCAAUGGCCAAAACUUUGAGUAUCAGAGAAGCCGCAAAAGUUGCCCAGGUCAGACUUGACACUGACUCUCGUGUGCGACGCGCUUUGCUUCACCAGUCCACACCUACGAGAGGGCCUUUCCCUGUGGGAAGCUAUGUUUACUUCCUCCGGCUUCAGAUGCCCAAAGGCAGUCGACGAAACUACAAAUGGUUUGGUCCAGCCCGGGUCAUUGGCUGCGAGCUCAGAUCUCCCACUCGACUUCAAGAUGAUGAAGAGCUUCUCACCGAUGGUGGACAACCCAGAAGCUAUUGGCUCAGGUAUGGUUCAUCAGUUGUUUUGGUGACAGGUGAACAAUUGCGUUUUGCCAGUGAAGAUGAGCUGAUUGCGGCUCACACAAUCCCACAAGAAGUUUUGGAGCCUGAAUAUGCACGAGGAGCAAGAAACUUUGCUGACUUGCGAGGUCCACUUGCUGUCCCUGCUCAACCUGAAGAUCAAGGACCUCUUGCACUACCAGCUCCAACAACGGGACCACCUGUCCUACCUUUUCCUGCGACUGCCGAUGAACCACAGUCUCCUGGAUACUCUCCCAGCGAGUUUGUACCUGAUGCUGAAGGAGAUCAACUCAUGCAGCCGACUCCAACAGUGAAUGAUGAAGUUCCUCAAGCUCCUGCUGAUCCUCCUGAUCAGACAAUGGGUCACGAUGACCAACCGCAACAACCUGCCCAUGGCCGGCAGAUGAGCACGAUUUCCGGAGCUCCUGAACCAGAACCACAGCCAGUGAACACACCAACAGGUCAGGCACAACUUGGACUUGGACUUCAGCCUGUACCUGUCCCUUUUCUUGCACCUCAGACUGGCAACCUCCAAACAGCACUUCGAGAUCCAGAUCGUCUUGAUGGCUAUCGAGCUGUCCAAAGACAACAUGGUCAACAGCCACAGCGAUCUUACUUUGUCGAAGACGAUGAUUUUGAAUGUGAAACAAUGCCUUCCGUUUUGAAGGGCAAGCGUUUGGAGAAGAUGCUCAACUUCGAGGAUGAGGCGUUUUCCCCAUCCCAGUCAGAAGAAGAGCAAGAACAAUGUUUUGUGGAAGUUUCUCAAGGGCCAGGUGAUGUUUUUCUCACUGGAAAAGCUGUGCGAUCUGAGAUUUCUUUGAAAGAUCUUUCACCAGAAGAUCGUGCCAAGUAUGAUGUCAGUAUGGCGAAAGAGUGGUCAUCCUGGCAAAAGUUCAAUGCUGUGGAAGUCCUUUCACCUCAGCAGAUUGAGGACCUGCCCGAAGAUGCCAAGAUCAUCGGGACCAGAUGGGUCCACACUGACAAGAACCGGAAAAAGCGCCUCAUGUCUGCCGCUCUUCAAGGCAGAACUGGAAAGUCACAAACUCAAAUUCAGAAAGAGUUUCCACUGGAAGCGAAGAGCCGUUUAGUUGUCCAAGGUCACCAAGAGACCGACACAGGUAUCAGAAGCGAUUCACCAACGGCCAGUCUUCUUGCUUUCAAUUUGGUUUGUGCAGUUGCUGUUAUUCAGAAGUGGAUUGUCAUGGCUUGUGACGCAUCCACUGCCUAUCUCCAAUCAAAUGGCAUCAGCCGCUUGCUGCUGCUCAGGCCACCGAGACCACCUCCUCCUGGAAUUUUGCCUCAUGAUCUUCUUCGAGCUCUUGGCUCAAUUUAUGGUACCAAAGAUGCUGGCAGAGCUUGGUGGAAGAAGCUCUACAAAACCCUGAGGUACUACAACUGGAUCAUGUCGCGCCUUGAACAUGCGCUCUUUUUCCUGGUGGUCGAUGGAAAACUUUGUGGCAUUCUCAUCACACAUGUCGAUGAUUUGUUUUGUGCUGGAGAAGGUAAACAGUUUCAUGAUUCCAUUGAGGCCAUGCAAAAGGUUGACCAGUACGAUGCCAUCGAGGCGAUCGACUACAUGGUGCUUGCCGCUGACCGGCGCAAAAUGGUGAACAGCCCCUUGACGGAGGCAGAGCAGUCUUUGUUCAGAGGCCUCAUAGGCCAGAUGGGUUGGGUCACUCGCCAGUCUAGGCCAGACCUCAUGGUGAAUGUUAGCGUUGCAGCCCAAAGCAUGAGUUCCCCAAAAGUGAAGGAUGUGAUUAACUUGAACAAAGCAGUGAAAGCCCUCAAAGAGAGCUAUGAAGCCAAAUGGAAUUUCAUCUACAGCGACGAAAUGACUCUGGAGAAUUGCUGCGUUUUCGUUUUUGCUGACAGCAGUUUUGCGAAUGGCGAAAAUUUGAAGUCCCAGUGCGGCUUCAUCACUGGUCUUUCUGUUUCUGCACUGAAGGAUGGAUCCUCCUGCCCCAUCAUGAUCCUCGAAACGUAUUCAGGUAGCAUCAAAAGAGUUUGCCGCAGUACUCUGGCUGCUGAAUCAAAUGGAUUUUUGAAUGGAGUUGAAGCUGGAGACUAUUUGAGGACCCUGCUGAUGGAGAUCACGCAUCCAGGUGAGAGACUUUUAGAUUUAGAUCUUCAGUUCGUCAAAAGCAAACUGAUGUGCUUCACGGACGCCAAAAGUCUGGAACAGACGCUCAACCGUGAUGCAGGUCAGCCAACUGACAAACGUGUCCGCAUUCUCGUGUCACAAGUGAAAGAACUGAUAGGUGAAAACACAUAUGAAGAUGACUCUGAUGCUUUUGCAAUCUGGACGGACACGUCCCAAAUGCUAGCUGAUGUUCUCACCAAGCUUGGUUGCGAAAGGGAAUCCCUUUUGCAUGCGUUAGAAUGUGGCCGAUGGCAGUUGGAGCCCACAGAGCAGGCCAAGCUGCGCAAGGUAGAAAUCAGAGCUGGCAGACAUGCCAGAAAAGCUGCCAAGAGGGCAGCCAGCAUUUCCAACCCUGUUGUGGCUGAGGCGAACUCGGACGCCAAGGAGGCUCCCAACAAGGAGACAUCGGCGAAGGAGCCAGCCACACCACGGAAACGCUCGCAUGGAGAGGCUUUUGGUUUCGAGAUCCAGGAAACCUUACAGUUGCAGCAACAGCUUCUGGCAGGCUUUACGGAGCCUGAGUUUCAGGAGAAUUUGAAACAACUUCAAGUGCAAUACCCGGAGCGCAAGACCAAGGGUCAUUACGAUAGCAUGGCCUACUUUGAGGCUUUCAACGCCUUAGCGCACACCGUCUACGCCAAGGUGCUGCCGGAUUGGAAGCUGGCGCCGAACUGGGAUGGCGUGCGAGAAAUGCUGAGCAAAAUGCAGGAGGCCAUGGCACAUCCCAAGGUCAAGAAAACGCAGGAAGAGAUCAAUGUGGCAAUGGGCUUGCCUCGGAAUGUGAAUUUCACCCCGCCCUCGAAGGGCUCGGAACUCUUUCUCUUCAGGCCUGAUGGGGACGGCCCUGUCCCUGGCUAUGCCUUGCCGAUGUUCAAGGAUGAGGAUGGCGACGAAGCUCAUGAGUUUCUGAUGGAAGAUGAGGAGACAGGUGAGCUGAAGAUGCGGGCGGCUUCCAGUCUGGAGCAGGUGGAACAGGCCACUUUGGCGCUUCCAACGGCACCGCUGGCGGCUACUGCGGAGGAGAUGUGGUACCAAGUGGUGCAUAAACCUGCCGUGAUGAUCCGCGAACAGCCUGACGAGAAGGCAAAGAUGGUGGGCCGCAAGAAGGUCGGCAAGAGGCUAAGAAUACAAAGUGUGAAGGAUGGCAAGUGGCUGAAGUUACAUCAAUCGGAACUGGUCAAGCUUGGUGUUCAGGAGGCCUGGGUUGUCAUGGACCCCAAUGAAGCCGGUCUACCAGCCGGUGCACCGCCCUUGCUCGAGAAGGUGUCGUCGCCAUGA